UCGAUCAUGAAGUUGUGCACAUCGCCUUCCAAAUCCUGGUUAAGACCCCUGUAAUUGCCCGUGCACGUUGUGUACCUGCGUACCUACCUAUUCCGGUUCCCGCACAUGCCCCACCAUGGAAACCCCUCCACUCUCCAACCAAUCAGGGCAAUGUGGUGCAUGCUGGUUGAGUAGAAUUUGGCUGCAUGAAUAUGGAAAUGGGUUUAGAGGCGGUGUCCCUAUCGGGGGGCGGCCGUAGAUAACACAAGAGCUUGAACAAACCUUCACCGAAACUUCCUCAGCAGCGACUUGCAACCUGGUUGUGAAGUCUUUGGCCGCCUACUUUCUCCUCUUUCCCACCUUGCCGGUCUUUCCCUUCCUUCGCUCUCUCCAAUUGCGGUCCAGGCUCUCUGAAUACAUCCGUCAUGGCUCUCGCAUACCCCCCUCUCGCAGACCGCCCACUUAAGAAUACCAUCUGCCUCUUCGAUGUAGAUGGCACACUCACACCGGCCAGGCUGUCCGUCUCACCCGAGAUGCUCAACCUCCUCGCCCGGCUGCGCCAAAAGUGCGCCAUCGGCUUCGUAGGGGGCAGCGACCUGCGCAAGCAGCAGGAGCAGCUGGGCACGCCCGAUGUGGCGGUGACGACGCUCUUCGACUUCUGCUUCUCGGAGAACGGCCUGACGGCAUUCAAGAACGGCGCCCCGCUCGCGGCCAACAGCUUCAUCAAGUGGAUCGGCGAGGAGCAGUACAAGGAGCUCGCCUCCUUCAUCCUGCACUACAUCGCCGACCUCGACAUCCCCAUCAAGCGGGGCACCUUUAUCGAGUUCCGCAAUGGCAUGAUCAACGUGUCCCCCAUCGGCCGUAACGCCAGCAACCAGGAGAGGAACGAGUAUGAGGCCUAUGACAAGAUACACGGCGUGCGAAAGGCGUUUGUGGAGAAGCUCAGGGAGCGAUUCGGCCAUUUGGGCUUGACGUUCUCCAUCGGCGGCCAGAUCUCCUUCGACAUCUUCCCCACCGGCUGGGACAAGACGUACUGCCUCCAGCACCUCGAGAACGACGCCAAGAGGCCCGGCGGCAUCCAGUACACCGAGAUCCACUUCUUCGGCGACAAGACCUUUGAGGGCGGCAACGACUACGAGAUCUACGUCGACCCGCGCACAAUUGGCCACUCCGUGGCUAACCCCGAAGAAACCGCCGUGAAGAUGAAGGAACUCUUCAAUCUGUAGUCGGAUGGAGCUAGGCAGGGGGCAGACGGGUAUACGCUGGGCAUGUUCGGGUCAACAACAGCUGCCCAGAAUAAAAUAGAAAGGGCAGGAACCAAAAAGAAGAGAAAAGAGAAAAGAUGGGAACCUCAGAUGCAUCUGGGGAUGAGGGAAUAGAAAGUAGACCGGGGCCAUUUCUCCCUUCUUUUCAUUCUCUAAACGCUAAAUAUGACCUCUGGAAAUCGCUACGCAACAGCCGCGUGCCACAUUUGAAGAAGGGGGGGGGAAACCGGACAAGAUAUACAGAUAAACCGAUUGCUCUGUCUGUAUGAAGCCAACUCCCAACCCGCGCGAGCUGCUAAAGUAGAUAAACAACAUGUCGUCACAUACAUACCGGGUCAUCACGGAAGCCAGAUCAAGUCGCCCCGCCCAUCCCCUUUCCCCUCUCCCCCCCCC